ACGGAGUGAUGGUAGAGUAGAGUGGAUCGUGUUAAAAUUGUGUACCUGUAUUGUACGUACACGUGGUAUUCCUACGAGACAGACAUUGCACGAAAACUUCAGUCGCAUGCUGACCAUCCGACGCUCCGGAUGCGCUUUCUAUAUAAACAUUUCCAAGACAAUAAUGACUGACAACUCAUUGCCAAAAAUGCUCUUUAUCAAAAAAAUUACAAUAUAAUACACCUUUUCAUUUAUUCUAUUUCUUCAUUUUUCACCAUUUUUUUUACAAUUUAAAAAAAAAAUUAUUUUUAUAAAAGAAAAUUCAGGAUUUUUCAAAGUGUAAGAAAUUACAAAAGAAUAAGGAAUGAACCAGAGAAGAAGAAUAGAAAAAAGGGGAACAAUGUUAAAAGAAGAAAAUUCCUCUACUGGGAAGCAAAACAAUUGAUGAUAAAGUGAUAAAAGAAAAUAUUUUUUUAUAAAUCAAAAAUAAAAAACGGUGAAAAAAAAAAUAAAAAUUGGAAAAAAGGAGAAAAAUUCAAAACUAAAACAAAAGGAAGCAAAAGUGGAAAAAAUUGAUUAAAGAAAUCAAAAGGACAAAAUAUAAAAUUAAAUAAGGGAGAAAAAAUAAUAAAAAAUUAAAAAGACAAGAGGAUAAUAAACAAUUUGAUAAAAAAAAUUUGUAUAAAACAAAAAGAAUCACAAUUUCAAAAAAAUGUGAUUUUAUAAAAGAAAGUAAUUUUCUGCCAAUUGUAAUUAACAGAGAAAUAAGAGAUAUUAAAAAAAAAACGGCAAAAAGUUACCUAAUGGCAUGAAGUUGCAAAGGAUAUGAGAAGAUAUAUAAUUUUUCUCAGGAAGUUAUGAGACGAGUGUGAGUUUUUUUUUCAUCAUAUAUACGGCGAUGACACUAAUCAUGAAAAGGGAGACAACAAAAAACGAUAAUAUCCUUCAUUUGCGAUGGGACAAUAAACCCAUGAUGGUGCGUGUUUCACGAAACUCGAACAAUUAUCAAAAGUAAAUCCCGGGGAACUUGUAUAUAAAUAAAAAUUUUUUUUUUCACAAUUUGAUGGAAAAAAUUCUUGUUCUUCGUGUUUGUGGGACGUUAUCUUUACAAGAUCGAAAUUCAACUUGUUGAACAAAUAUUGUUGUUCUUGUUUUUUCUCGAACGAUUUUAUCGACAAGAAAAAUCAGUGGUGCGGUUUGGUGAUCGUUAUAAAAUAUAAAUUAGCAGAAAGAUGAUCGUUAAAAACAACGGUCUUUGGAGGCAGAGGCGAUUAGGCAUUCCCAAAAGGACCAGUGAGCUUGUGGCGUUAGUGGCCUUGUCAACAACUCUAUUUCUCUUUCUACACACGAGAGAUCUUCAUUCUCGUCUUCGGGAAAUGGAAGUACGUCUUCAGCCCGGAGAAGAUGAUCCACUCUCAGCCAAUCAACUAUCAGCUGAAGGAGUUCAAGUUGGUUCUGGACCAAGUGGAAUCGUUCAUUACACGAACGUACAACAAACCAGCACAGAAGUGAUAAGAAGAAAUGAAUAUUUGGAUAUUACCGCACUAAACAAUACAAAAAGAGCAAAAAAGAAUGUAUUGUUUUUUAAUCGUGUGCCAAAAGUAGGAUCUCAAACAUUUAUGGAACUUAUGAGAAGAUUAUCCUUGAGAAAUGGAUUUUCGUUCAAUAAAGACAGAAUUCAAAGGGUCGAAACGAUACGUCUUGCUCCAAUCGAGCAGUUGCAACUUGCAAGAAUGAUCAGCAAUUUUUUGGAACCAUCCGUAUAUGUAAAACAUGUGUGUUUUACUAAUUUUACAGAAUUUAACCUGCCUGAACCGAUUUAUGUGAAUAUGGUACGAGAUCCGGUAGAACGAGUGAUAUCAUGGUACUAUUACGUGAGAGCACCAUGGUACUACGUCGAGAGAAAGCAAUUCUUUCCGGAUAUUCCUCUACCCGAUCCGGCUUGGCUAAAAAAGGAUUUUGAAUCCUGUGUAUUAAAUGAUGAUCGCGAGUGUAAAUAUCUCGAAGGCGAGAUUCACGAAGGAAUCGGCGAUCAUCGAAGGCAAUCACUUUUCUUUUGUGGUCACAGCGAUAAGUGCAUGCCGUUUAACACUGUGGGAGCUCUUGAAAGAGCAAAAACCUCUCUAGAAAAACAAUACGCUGUAGUUGGAGUUUUGGAGGAUUUAAAUACCACGUUGGCAGUUUUAGAAAAUUAUAUACCUUUAUUCUUCGAAGGAGCUACCGAAGUUUAUAGGGAAAAAUUGAUUUCAGAACAAAUAAAUUCCUUUACAAGAAUCAACAGAAAUUCAUUCAAACCACCAGUGAGCGAAGAAGUCAAGGAAUUAGUGAGAAGAAAUUUUACAAGAGAAAUCGAAUUUUAUCAAUUUUGCAAACAACGUCUUCAUAAACAAUAUAGAGCUCUCAAAUUAGCGAAUAAAUUAACUUCCGAUGGACGAAAAACAAUGAAUGACAAAUCAGUAUUUUAGAAUCUGAUCGCCAGUAUUAAGAGAAAAAAGAAAUUACAAAAAGAAAUUGAAAAAAAUGUUAUCUUGCCCAACCAAAUACAUUGGAACAAUUUCCCAAAAUAAUUUUUUUCUUGCAGUAACAAGAAAUUCAUCAUAAUGAAAUUAAUAAAACAAAAACCAGUCUAAAAUAUAUCCUUGCGUGAAAUCGAAUUUUUUUUUACUUAAAACUGAAUGUAGACUAAAAUAUGUAGAUAAAAAAAAUAAUUUUGUGUUUUUAAUAAUAAUUUUUAAGUAUCUAUA